ACACUAAGUUGACACAUUUAUCCUUAGCCCUAAUUUCUAACUGAACACUAAACAAACAAUCCCUAAAUCUCAUGAUCUCACUCCAAACCCGACCCCCGCCCCUACAUCUGGGCAGAAAAAUUUGACACUCACCCCUACAACAUAGACGAAGUAGCUGUAGCUCUGGCGUCGAGCGAGCUCUAGUGCCUCAGCUCCGCCAUGACCCGCUUCGGAAUGAAAGACGCCAACUCUUUGCUUCAGCUCCGCCAUGAACCACCUAACUUUCUGCUGCUACUACUUCCCCUGUCGUCCGCCGGAGAGACAAGAAGAAGAAGAAUCGGGAAAUCAAGGGAAUUUUCCCCGGCCGUCGUCUCUUUGCUUCCUUCCAGAUUUCUGUUUCAGUUCUCUCUCGCUGAGUCUGGAUCAAAGUCCUUGUGAAGUUCUUGUGUGUUAACCCAACCCAGCUAGACAGAUCGAGUUGUCGCAGAAUAAAUGAAAUAAGGGCCAAUUCCAUGAUUAUGGAUACAGUGAUUCAUAAAAAUUAUGGAUAUAGUGAGGUGAUUUGGUCAUUUCUUAUUGUCGCAGACUCGCAGAAGAACAAUUGUAAUCAGUAUAUGGUACUAGUUUUGAUUUUGGAUUUAUCCGUAGAAUUGAUUUGUUAGUUCAUCAUUUGGUUUUGGGUUUAUGCGUUUAAAAAUACAAAUAAAUGAAUUGAGGGCAUUAGAGUAAAAUUAAUAAAGUUAGGGCGACGAAUAAGGAUUUUUAGGGCGAUGAAUAACAAUCCCCAUUUUGAAAUGGAGAAGGCUUUUUUGAGAAACUCUUUAUUAUAUUCUUUAGAUGGUGGGGAAUAUAACCACCACCACGAAACGGUUAUAUUCCAUGUAACAUCUCAAAUCUCGACCUUUUGUGACCAUUUGAGUCUAUCUUUGUACGAUUUUACUUUUAGGUUAUAUCAUGAUGACAUACAUACAUAUAUAUAUAUAUAUAUAUAUAAAUAAGAAGUUACUCAUUCAAGUACUGUUUCAAUUUAAAAAAUGUGUUUUGUCGGUUAAAGUUGGACUGUUCGUUUUUGAACCAUAUAUAUCUCUCGUGUUUUGUCGAUAUAAGAUUUGUCUAAGCACUACUCCACAUUGAGCAUGUUUUAAUUCAAAGUUCUUACAUGAACUCAUUUUCACUAAAAAAUGUAUUUUGUCAGUUAAGGUUGGAUUGUUCCUUUUGAACCAAACAUCUCUAUCGUGUUUUAUCAAUGUGAGAUUUGUCUAAGGUGUUACAUACCUACGCCUUUCGUUGAGAUUUGCUCCACGAUCGUUCAAGAGGGACGCAAUAGACUCUAAUCCAAUUGAAACAUCUCGACUCUAUUCUUACCAAUAUAUUGUCCUCUUUGAGCUACCUUGUAUGGUUUUACUUUUGGGAUGCAUCAUGAUGACUUCCCAAGAGGUUAUCUAUCUAUGUACUGCUCCACCAUAAGCACAUUUAACUUGGAAGUUCUCACAAUAACUCAUCCAUUUCACCCAAAAAAAUGUAUUCUGAUUUAAGGUUGAAUUGUUCCUUGUAAACAUGAAUCUCUCUCGUACUUUCUCAAUAUUGAAUUUAAAUAAAAUGUUACGGUUACAAUUCACUAAAAUCUUGGUAUCAUGAUGGAGCUAGGUGCUUUUUACAAAAUUAAAUAAUAUAACACCAAUCAUUUAGCUUUAGAAGGAAAGUGUCGAAUGUUGUACAACACAAAAUUAAAUAAUAUAACACCAAUUAGCGCUCUCUAAAAUCGUUUCGGCUUGAUUUUGCUACAGCUCAUUUUAAGUUGUCAAGAGCAUCAGUUACCAUAGAUGGAAAAGUGUCGAAUGUUGUACAACAAUACUGUGUAUCUCUCCCCUGGGCAACUUGUUUACCUAUCGAAUCUGGACUCAAACUUUUGUUUCGAGUAUCUAAUCCAUCUAAUUAAAAGUGUUCAUAGUCAUUGAGAUUUGACAGAUAUUUUGUAGCUUCAUAUAGUCUUCCCAUUUUGAUGGUUAAUGUUUCCAGUCUAUAACAUAACUGAGAAUAUGUAAUUGAGAAAUAGAUAACAUCUUGUGGUUCUCGUAUUAAAUGAAAUUUUUUUAUCAACCAUAAAAAAAAUAAAUUUCCCCAAUUUUAGGGCUAUCUUGGGAACCCACGGUCUUGGAUUUAAAUAACAUCAAACAUAUGAAAACAAGUUCUUAAUGCACACGAAAUCAUAAGCUGCCACGGAAUCAUUCCUACCGUGACAAGUUUCUCUGUGUUUCUUGAUGCACACGAAAUCAUAAGCUGCCACGGAAAAUCGAUAUAUAAAUGGUGAAUCACAAGAAUGCGAACUUCGGUGUGGAACAAUAAAAGUUCAAGGAUUAU